UUACAAUAUUCCAAAGGGGCAAGUAAUGCAUUCAAGUUAAACCCCAAUUGCUAUGUUCGGAACUAUCUCCUCACAAAGCAGCAUUCAUCGGAUCUCGAGAUAGAGUAUCCAAUCGAAGCCAUAACAGCAUAGUCCAAGCAGCCAGAGUCGGUGACAUCCGCCACAGUCCCAAGCCGCUUAGCAAAUCAAGCAAACCCCCGAACGCAGUCCAAAGUCCAAUUGGGCCCCGAGUGAGGGAGUCCGGCCGAGCUCAUGAGGCCAUAGUCCGAGCAGCCAAAGUCAGCGACUUCCCGCGCAGGCAUCCCGGAGCCGCUCAACCCAAGUAGACAGUCGACAAAAACCAGAAAUCAAUCUAAAAGAUAUUGGAAUAAACAUGCUUCCAAAGCCCCAUCCUGUCCGUAAAGUCUCGACCAGUCCGAUAUCCGAGACAGAUUCGCCCUAUGAGCUCCAAGCUGUCAAUGCAUCCGAAUCGUUAGGUCGUAAGUCCGUGAAACUAAUUCCCAUCGUCAUAGUCGAGGCCGGUCAUGAAGUCGUGAUCAUAUUCGUGAUCAUAAUAGUGAAUCUGAGCCGCAUCCAUAAUCGAAAUUGUAGUCGUUAGUCCGAGUCAAUAGUGCA